AUGGUCCACGUCAGCGUUUUUUCUAUCAUUCGUCGGAUGCAAAACAACUGGCCAGGAUCGUCCCUCAACCGCGUACCGCAUCGUCCUCCUCGAACUCUCUCGAUCCCGCGGAUCGGUCCGCCCGACCACCACCCCGGCCACCCCAGCUCCCAUCACGAUGCCGCCCAAGACCAGCACCUCACCCCAGCGUCCCAGGCCAAGACCACCCCGCCGAUCACCUCCCCACCAUCGCAUCCCCUGCCCCCAUCCCGGAGACCCCCGCAGGUCGGCCGCCGCCGAAUCGGGUACCGCGUGGCCUGUUCCUGCUUCAGUGACCCCGUGGGGUGGCUAGCUCAGAGAGAGAUCGACUUGUCAGCAUCAAAGUGGAACCCACCUUCCCAGCACAGCACAACCAACCCCGGCCUCGGUCCCCUCCUCCUCACUGGCGCCAUCCACUUCACUCCCCUUACCCAUGCGCCGCCGCUGCUGCUUGUGACCAAUCCCCAUGGGCUGCGUCCACAGCCGCCCCACGACGCUCAGCCCCAACAGCCCGUAGCCCCCGCUCCCGCCCGAGCCAGCCCCUACUUCGGCGGCGCCGCCGUAGGAGGCUGCGGUCACCGCUGGGAAGGCAGAGCAUCCGGUGACCCCUGCAGAGAAGCGGGAGAGGCGCUCCCGCUCAUCGUGCCCCGGCCCUGGCCCCGACGGCGGCAGCUUCACGAACCGGCUGGCCCUCCUAGCUCUGCGCCGUUGCCGAUGAGGCCAUCGAUGGCUGGACCCGGUGCCGUGCUGACUCCUUCGAGAAGAUCGACAAGGGUCAGCUUAUGCUACAGAGGAUGUUUACGACGAGGAGGAAGAUCCAGAAGGACAAGGGUGUGGAGCCAACUGAGUUUGAGGAUACAGUUGCCCAGCAACUUUGAUAUGUGCAAAGUUGAAGAUUCUCGCUGUUGUCAGGAUGGCCUGAGCAAGCUAUGGGAUCGUGUCAUCCACGCAGUGAUGUAUGCCUGAGAGUUAACAUGAGUAAUGGAUUAGCAUGCACGGUGGUUCAGGGAAGCUUGCAAAAUUUUGUUUCUGCUCUCUGACCGCUGGGCUCGAAUUUCUGGAGCUUCUAAAUUGCUAACAACUAUGUACCAGUGUCGAAUGUAUAGAUGUAAGCUAUGUCUAAUAUAUUUGCUUUCUUGAA